AUGAGUGUUUCUAAAUGGAUCUCUCACUCUUUCUCUCUCUCUCUCUCUCUCCCUCUCCAGAAACAAGCCACUGUCGAACAGAAAGCAAAAUGGCUACCACUAGCUUUCAAUCAUGAUAUCAUUGGAACAUAUGCGCAAACUGAGAUGGGUCAUGGAACCUUUAUUAGGGGUCUAGAAACUACUGCAACAUACGACCCAUCUACUGAAGUUAUUAUGAAUUCUCCGACAUUAACCUCUAUCAAAUGGUGGCCUGGUACUUUGGGUCACACAGCAACUCAUGCUAUUGUGGUUGCUAGGUUGAUCACUAAGGGUAAAGACCACGGUAUCCAUCUCUUCAUAGUACAGUUAAGGAGUUUAGAAGAUCAUCAAUCUCUACCAGGGUAUUUAGUCGGAGAUAUUGGUCCAAAAUUUGGCUAUUUUUCUAUGGACAAUGGUUUCCUAAGAUUGACUAAUGUUAGGAUUCCACGAGAUCAAAUGCUCAUGAAAUAUGCUCAGUAUAAGUUAUUAUAGUCACUAUAUAAUUACUAUAUUUAGGUAUCACCUGAUGGUACUUAUUCAAAACCACCUACUGAUAAAAUUGCCUAUGGUACAAUGGUGAUGAUAAGAGUUGGACUAGUUAACUAUUCCUAUGUUAUUUUAUCAAGAGCUGUUACUAUAGCAAUCAGAUAUAGUGUUGUGAGGCGGCAGACCCAAAACAGACCAGGUCAACCAGAGACUCAAGUGUUGGAUUAUCAGACCCCACAAUUCAAACUCCUCCCACUUUUAGCAUCAGCCUAUGCACAAUGCUUUGCAGGUCAUUUUAUGAACAAAAUGUAUUUUGAAAUGACUGGAGAGAUUGCCGAGGGUAACCUGGACUCCCUCCCUGAGCUUCAUGCAACUAGUGCUGGUCUGAAGGCAUUUUGUACAGAACUAAGUUCACAAGGAAUUGAGUUGUGUCGUCUUUGUUGUGGUGGACAUGGAUACUCACUAGCUAGUGGUAUACCUCAUCUUUAUGUUUGCUUUACUUCCUCACAAACUUAUGAAGGAGAGAAUACUGUCAUGUUUCUACAGACUGCUAGUGAACGAGGUAUCAAACCAAGUGAAGCCAUUCAAGUGAACCUGCCAAAUCGGUUGGCCCAUUUUUCGGUGUCCACAGUCAUUCUGUUUUUCUUAUCGACUCUUGGAAUUUGGGGUAUCUCUCCGUUUGUUCUCAACACAAAAACCACUCCUUACAGAAGAGCUUUUAUUGAGCAGCUGAUUCAACAACUUGUCAGUUCUGGACAGACUUCUCUCCUCUUUUUUAUUAGACUUGUGAUGUCCAUAAUGGAUCUUACAAAGACCACUCCCAACAGUAAAAUUAGUAUGGAAGAACAGGAUAUGUCAGAUGAGGAAAGAGAAGAAAGAAGAAAGGGCACGAGAGAUAGAGUUAGAAGUUAUGAAACGAUUGAUACAGCCGUCUAUUAUACAAUAGAUGAAGCAUUGACUAAGCAAAGAUUUAAAAAAGAUUUUGGGGAAGUUUGUCGAGCAGAGAUAGGAAGAUUAACACUUUUCAGGUUUCUUGGUAAAUACCUCUCACAGUAUAUUAGUAUGCUCAUGGAAACUGGAGAAGGUCCUGCAAAUGUGAUCAAUGAGGGAUUUGACUAUGAACGUUGGAGAAGAACUCAAGAUAGAAAUGAGAGGAGACUAGCUCAGUCUGUUAUGUCCAAGGAGGACAUGUCCACCAUCUUGUUGAGUUUAUGA